CGGUUGUAGUGAACAAUCAUGGACUUUGUUCUAGCUGAUACUGAAUAUGGAAAAAUUCGCGGAGUCAAAAAGCUAUCAAAGCUCGACACAGAGUUCAUUGCAUUCCUUGGAAUUCCAUUCGCAACUCCACCAAUCAAUGACUUAAGAUUCAAGGAUCCAAUCCCUCCAUCACAAUGGAAAAACAUUUACGAUGGAACAAAAGAAAAAUCUUCGAGUGUUGCUUACAAUUUUCAUCUCAAAGAAAUUAAUGGAUCAGAAGAUUGUUUGUAUCUCAAUAUUUACACAAAGAAUCUUAAACCAAAGGAACCUCAAGGUGUUAUGGUUUACAUUCAUGGUGGUGGGUUUGUUGAAGGGUCAAACAAAAUUGAUGUACUUGGACCUGAUUAUCUGCUUAUGGCUAACGUUGUUGUUGUUACUAUCAACUAUCGCCUUGGUGCUUUGGGAUUCAUGAGUUUCAUAGAUGAAACCCUAAAGAUCCCAGGGAAUGCAGCAAUGAAAGACCAAGUCAUGGCAAUGAAGUUUGUUAAGAAGAAUAUUGAAAACUUUGGCGGUAAUCCUAACAACAUAACAUUGUUUGGACAUAGUUCAGGUGGCUGUUCAGUCAGCUGGCAUUGUGUGUCUGAAAUAUCAAAAGGGUUAUUCAAUCGAGCAAUUAUCAUGAGUGGAUGUGUUUUGAAUAAAUUUGCUUUGACACCUCACAAAGGUUGGGGAAUUCGUCUCGCAAGAAAACUUGGCUAUGAAGGAAAUGAAGAAGAAAAAGAAGUUGCGAAGUUUCUAAGACAAAUUGACGCUGUUGACAUCGUAAAAGUUCAAGAAUCUUUAGUUACUGCUGAAGAGAGAGAUAAGAUAUCCGGAGCAUUCGCCCCUCACAUGGAACGUUAUAUCAGCGAACAAACUUUUAAUUCUGAAUUUCCGAUUAAUCUUGUGAGAAAAGCUUGGAGCAAUGACAUCGACGUUCUAAUCGGCGGCACAUCUGAUGAAGGUUUGAUGUUUCUCGAAUACGUUCAAAAGAUGCCGAUGCUUUUGAAGUCUCAAAAGUUAACUAACGCAAUUCCUUUUGACAUUGAUCUGAAUGUCGACGACCCGAUACGAGAGGAGUUUGCUGAUAAAUUGAAAUCGCUUUACUUCUCCCCUGAUAUGGAUCCAACAGAAGAUGUUAUGGGCUUUUGUCGAUUGAAAGGUGAUCAGAGUUUAUGGCAUGGAAUGCAGCGUCUUGUUCAGAGUCGUCAACAUUCCAAUAAUAUGGGAAAAACGUUUUUGUAUCGUUUUGCGGUUGAUUCGCCAACGCAAAAUUAUUAUCGCAUUACACGAUUGGGACCUGAAGUUCGUGGCGUUUGUCAUGCUGAUGAAAUCAGUUUUCUUUUCAAAAGUGUUCGUUUAGACGUUCCUUUAGAAGACUCCAUGGAGUUUAAGACAAUUAAGAGAUUUGUAUCAAUUUUUACAUCAUUUGCUACGACAGGAAACCCUAACGACAACAUAAUUAAAGCAGACAUGGAAAAUAUCCAAUGGAAUCCCGUGGAAACGAUUGACCCACCUUUCAAAUGCUUAAACAUCGAUGAAGCUUUAACUUUUGAAGUUUUUCCUGAAUCAACAAGACUUAAGGUGUGGAAUGAAAUUUACCAGAAAACAAACACACCGCUUUAUUGA